AUGGCGGAGUACCUGGCAUCCAUUUUCGGCACAGAGAAAGACAAGGUCAAUUGUUCCUUCUAUUUUAAAAUCGGUGCUUGCAGACAUGGAGACCGCUGCUCGAGAUUGCACAACAAACCAACCUUCAGCCAGACCAUCUUGAUCCAGAACAUCUACCGUAACCCUCAGAACAGCGCACAGACGGCCGACGCUUCUCGCUGCGCCGUCAGCGAUGUGGAAAUGCAGGAGCACUACGACGAGUUCUUUGAGGAGGUGUUCACAGAGAUGGAGGAGAAGUACGGAGAGGUGGAGGAGAUGAACGUGUGCGAUAACUUGGGCGACCACCUCGUCGGCAACGUCUACGUUAAGUUUCGACGUGAAGAGGACGCAGAGAAAGCAGUCAUGGACCUGAACAAUCGGUGGUUCAACGCCCAACCAAUCCACGCAGAGCUCUCCCCCGUCACUGACUUCAGGGAAGCGUGCUGCCGCCAGUAUGAAAUGGGAGAGUGCACCCGAGGCGGCUUCUGCAACUUCAUGCACCUGAAACCCAUCUCACGGGAACUACGGAGGGAGCUGUACGGCCGCCGCAGGAAAAGGCACCGCUCUCGCUCGCGCUCCCGGGAACGACGCUCCCGCUCCAGGGACCGACGGCGGGACCGCGAAAGGCCCAGAAGGUCGAGGGACCGAGAGCGAUCCGGAAGAUUCUGAAAAGAAGCCAAGACUGACCCGAUGUCCUACCAAAUCCAUCCCUCUCAACCCCAGCAGUGAUGACAAAGUUAUUUUCUUUUUUGGUGAAUUGUUCAAAGUGUUUUUCUUUUAUUCCCUUUUUUUAAGAUGAGCUUGUUUCGCUUUCUCAAUAAAACAGAUUUGUAAUUCUG